UACCUGACAUCUGAAGAAUAAAAUUCCAGGAUCAAUGUUAUUCUAGUUAUGCAUGUCACGCGGCGUGAUGUACAAUUCAUAAAACUGAUAGCAGCCGACUGCAAUAUGGAUUUACGAUGCAACAAUUACCUGAACAGAAAAUUGUUUUAUUAAGAGGAUUACUUUCUACAAAUCGUUGGGACAUCAUUGUACUUCAAUAAAUAACCUUACAAUAGUCGUGUUUGGUGUCGCCAAUAUUUUCAUCAACGGGUGGAGAAAGGGGAAAUUGCAACAUCAAGCUUCGUCGAAUUGGGAUGUACUUUUUAUUUAUUAAGGACGUUUGAAUCGGUAGGAGUCAAAUAUUUGCAAUAUAUCCUAAUGUAUGGUGCAGUGUAAUGAAUUAAUAUCCUGGACUAUUUAUAUUUUCACCUGACACGAUGACAGUCCUACAAUACCUAACGAUAUGUUUUUCAGACCGAACAAAAGAUUAGUUAACAUCGUUUUAAAUUUACAUGAUUUUUAAACACAUGAUACGAUAAUUAUUUCAUACAGCGUUUAUUAAACAUUGAAACAAGGUGAAAAGCCAGAAUAAAAAUGAAAAGUAGGAAAAUAAAAGAAAUGAAAAAAAUCAAAUCAAAACAUACUGGCAAUGACAAAAAUAGAAAAUGUGAGUGCGGAUUAGAGAGUAUAUUGCCUGAACUGUUACCAUGGUAUUUGUUCGUCAUAGUACUGUGCAUCAGAAUUCAUUAUGUUCUUCAACCGAAAAACUGGUGGCUGCUUCAUCCAGAUGAAAUAUUCCAAUCAGUUGAAGUUGCUUUUUCUGAGGUGUACGGACAUGGAUUCAGAACCUAUGAGUAUAGUCCACCCACGAUAAAUGUAACAACACCGGUCGAAGAACAGGAAAUGAACCAGGGAAUGUACAGUUUAAGAUCUUUUCUCUACCCACAAUUCUUUGCUGUGAUUUUUGCCGUCUGCAAGUUCGUUGGGAUACGUUUGAAUUGUUAUUUGGUUGGACGUAUUUGUCAGUGUGUAGUGACGUCAUUUACUCCAGUAGCUGUGUUCAGAUUCUGUAGGACUUUAUUUAGGUGUAGAGGAACUGCGUCCCUAGCGGCAAUAUUAAUUUCAUUUUCAUUACAUAUCUCGGUCCUUGGAACACAUACAUUGGUCAAUAGUUUUAUUUCUCCAUUCUUAUUUCUUUCAUUAGACAUCAUUUUGCAAUAUUUAUUAAAACCUCUGGACAUUACAGAUUUUGCAAACGACAAAAGUUUAAACGAAAGCAGUUCGUCACGGUACAAUCAUACAGAAAAUGGAAGCGCUCCAAUACAAUGUGCCAAGCGCGAUAUCAAUAGUAAUUUAAAGACUCCGAAAAAUCCAUUGAAUAGUGCAGCACCUCAAGAGCAAAAACAAUCAACAGAAGAUGGUAAAAUAGUUAAAGCAGCAAAAACAAAGAAAGGCAAACUGAAACAGAACCAUUUAACAACCAGACACUUUACAUUGGAUAUAGAUUUAAUUGUAUUAAGUCUAUCUGGUUUUGUUUGUGCAAUAAUUUGUUACAUGAGGCCUGACACUAUCAUUUUUCUUAUCGUAAUUGGCGUCUCAUUUCUAUUUACAUAUCGAGAUAAAGUAUCAAUUAAAAAAGUCGUAUAUUUAACUGGCACAGUUGGAUCAGGUUUUGCAACGGGUUUAACAGUUGGGGGUUUACUCGACUGGUACACAUAUGGUGUGAUGUUUAUUUCGCCAGCUCAGUGGUUGAAGUUGAAUGUAGCUUCACAUGUUCCCGCUGUAUUGUAUGGAAGCAAUAGUCCAUAUCAGUAUAUUUUAGACAUUUUUGCCAGCUGCAAUUCCGAGUUGUGCUUUAACAUUUUCUGUCUCGCCGCUUUAUUAACUAUGAUGACUCAAACUGAGUUUAUUGACUCAGGGGAUCAAAAGUCAACUUCUAGUCUAUUAAUAACUCUGUCAUUUAUGCUUAUUAUUUAUUCAGUAAUCGCGCAUAAGGAAUUAAGAUUUGUUCAUAACGUUUUAAUCAUUGUUGAAAUUUUAGCAGCGUACGCAAUUCACGGGGCUUUGCAAUUUAUAAACAGUUUGUUAAAAUUUACCAAAGAUAAAAUCAGAAUCGUUGUAAUUGUCUUCACGUUAACCGUAGGUCUCAAUACUUACAUGAAUUUUCCUUCAUAUGGCGAAGAAACCAUCCUGCCAUGGAAAACGGUUACACCAGCCGAUUCUUCAGAUAUCAACCAAUGCUUGUUCUUUAUAAGUGAACAAAACAAUGUAACAGGAGUAUUCGUUGACAAUUCCAUUUACACGAUUGCGGGAUUUACCAUUUUGAAUCACGACGUGCCAUUGCUUACUUUAAUUCACCAUGAAUACCACGAAUAUAGGAGCGAAGGGUAUAUACCACGGACUGAUCUCAGUUAUAAGACACCGCGAAACUUAUAUGUCAUCAACCGAUACUCUGAUAUCAUCGAUGUGACUAAUAUUCACUAUUUAUCGAAACGUUUACUAGAAAGUCAAGAAUAUAAUUAUGUUGUUGUCCCCAACAAGAGAGUCCCGUCUUUUAGUCAACUUGGUUUCAAUAAAGCCCCGUUUAAUGCAGGAAGAUAUUCCGUCUUACAGAGAUUAUUGACGCCGAUCGAAUCUUCAAAAUUGUCAAUCGCUGGAAAAAAUAUGCCACUUGGUAAGAACUCUACCAUUAUGGAAUAUGAAGCUAGUUGGUUGUACACAGCAGGAUUAUAUUCGAAGGCUAUAGAACGUUUAGAAAAUGCUAUAGAACUGAACAAUUCAAGAGUACGCCCAUUCCAAUUGCUUGCUUCAUCGUAUGCAAAUAAAGCUGACUUAACAAAUGCAAAGGCCACAGAAGACAAAUGCAUUCUAGGCCAUGGUCGAACUGCAUGUCGGAAACCCCAGCCAAGAAUAGUGAUUCACGAGGACUAUAAACAGUACAGUGUUAAUUAAAAAAAUAUAUUUAACAAAACAUAAGACUCUUAAAGUCUGUUCGCUACUGAUAAGUAAACAACAGUAACCAAAAUUUAUAAUUUUUCAAAAGACAGUAUACCAUUAACAUGCUGUGCGUCUAUUGUGAAUGACUACAUUCGCCUGCUUUAUGUUUAGAAAAAAAUGUU